AUGACGACGCUGCGCGAUGACAGUGAGUUGAUCUGGUCGAAUCUCAAAACUCUGCAGGAUGACUACCACGACUACAAUCUCCCAGUAAUUCCCGCUCUACCAGCACCGACAGCUCUGGACUUCUCCAAGCAUGUGGUGCGAGGCCUGCCAGUAGUCUACGAUAUCUACGCGGGUACGGAAGGGUCAACGACGGCAGGAAGACCAUGGCGUGCAUGCUCGUGGACAGCGGAUGAUCUGCAGGGGAAGGUGAAGGACGUUGUCGAGGUUGCUCUGACGCCGCAUGGAAAUGCGGAUGCACUGGUUGACCUGCAGCUCGAUGACGUUUGUGCAGCAGGGAAGGACGAGGAUCGUGUUUUCGUACAGCCCGCCAGCCAGAUGAUGAAGAUAUCUGAUCUCCUGCACGAGUUGACUCCCCGGCCCGGAGAUGAUGAAGAGGUGGGUGCGCUUGUCCGCUACCUACAGUCUCAGAACUCGAAUCUGGACACACCAGAAUUUUCUAUACUACGGAAGGACCUUCCUGACAACUUCGACUUUGCAGCAGCCGUCCUAGGAGAGCCUGAUGCGCGAAAUAUCUGGAUUGGCAACCACAGAUCAGUCACUAGUGUGCAUCGAGAUCCCUACGAGAAUCUGUACCUGGUGCUCAGGGGCAGCAAAACGUUCAGGCUUUGGGCACCUGUUGAUGAAGUGAGCAUGCCGACUAGGAUGGUCAAGACGGGACGAUACGUCCACCGCCAGGGACCUGAAGGUGAUGCAUUCGAUGUUGUGCUUGAUGAUGACACGGACGCAAUACCAUGGGUAGACCUUGAUCCCCUAUCUCCAGACUUUGUGGAUCCAGGAUCGAUGCGGAGUGUCACGGUGAUGCAGGGACAGAUGCUGUAUCUGCCGUCCGGAUGGUAUCAUCAUGUUUCGCAGGAGUGUGGGCAGUGGGACGACGGCUGUCCUGCGCCAUGUAUUGCGGUCAAUUAUUGGUAUGAUAUGGACUACGAAGGCGAGAGAUAUGUUAUGCGGCAGCUGCUUGGAAGGCUUGUUGCUGCGGCAAGGGGACAGCUGGGUGGAUCGCAAACCAUUGCGUGCAAAUAA